AUCAGAUGUACAAGAGCAAGCUGCACUCAAGGAACUUGCUUCCUUGAACUGUUCUGCUAGCUCUAUUCUUUUUCUUUCCUUUUGUUCUUGUCAUCAGCCGAAUGGGGCAUUCCUCUGCCUUAGUUUGGCUCUGCCUACUGGUGGGCCUUGGAAUGCUAAUCCAUGGCACUCACGCCCAGAACUCUCCCCAGGACUUCGUUGCUGCUCACAACGCAGCUCGCGCACAGGUUGGUGUUGGUCCUAUGGUAUGGGACAACACCGUUGCAGCCUACGCCCAGAACUACGCCAACCAGAGGAUCGGUGACUGCAAGUUGGUCCACUCCGGUGGGAAGUAUGGAGAGAACCUCUUCUGGGGCAGCGGGCGUGAGUACACUGCAGCAGAUGCCGUGAACUUGUGGGUGGCCGAAAAGGCCAACUACAACUAUGCCACCAACACCUGUGCGAGUGGAAAGGUGUGCGGCCACUACACACAGGUGGUGUGGCGCAACUCGGUCCGUCUGGGUUGCGCAAGGGUCAAGUGCAACAGUGGUGCCAUCUUCAUCACCUGCAACUACGACCCUCCUGGUAACUUUGUGGGGCAGCGUCCCUACUAGAUAUAUAUAGGACGUGCCAAAUUAACAUUUGGCUGGUCCUUUAUUACUGUGAGUUGUAAUAAAUAUCAGAGCAGCAGAUCAAUCGUCUAUGUGAAAUAAAAUGUAAGGGUAUAUGUUGUUGGGCGUUCCCCAGCAUGCAGACCACUCUUUCACAUCUUAUUAAGCAAUAAUAUGUGUUUUUUGUCAA